UCCCUGAAAUAGUUAUAGGAUAAAGGAUUUUAGUUCUAAAUUUUUUAUGAAUUUGUAAUUGUCGAUUUUCGUUGAUCCCGAAGAUUUUGUAAUUUGUUGUCGUUUUGCUCUUGAUUUAUGUGCAUUGGAAUUUUGGGAAAAAAAAUUGUAUUUACAUGAUUAGUUAAAGGUUCGAACUUAGUUGUAAUUUUUACAAUCUAAUUCAUUUCUCUAUUUAGCGUGAGUAUUGAGUGACUUGGAGCAGUAUUCUUUUAAUAUCUUAUUCUACAUAACAAUGAACGACAACGAAAAAGAAGAAGCUGCUAAUUUGAAAGAAGAAUUCGAAUGGGUUCUACGUGAAGAAGUACAUGCUAUACUACACCAGCUCCACACUGUCUUGGUUGAAUGUGCUCAUCGAUUUCCAGUGCCAUUAUAUGGAAAUGAAGGACAAAAACAGGAUAAGUUUAUUUUGACCUCUCAACCAGAACAACUCAAAUGCAUAUUGACACUUACUGGUGACAGCAUCACACAUGCAGAUAUAAGCUUCAAAGUAUUAAGACAGAUGCACUUAAUGUGUCGAACAUCAAUUAACCAAGAUGGUCCAUGGAAGUUACAGCAGAUACAAGAUGCGGCAAACCAUUUGCAACAAGCUAUUGGUUACAUUGACAAUGUAGAUAAACAUUAUGUGUUUAGGUCAUCGGAGGAAGUGUUACAUAUAAUUCAGUGUCUGAUUGGAUCCUUGCAAAGAGCGCGUACAGCUCUUGUGUUACCAAAGAAAAAAGCUAUUGAUGAGUUAAUGAAAAGUCGAAAUAUGAAAGCGCUAUCCCCAAAUUUACCCGAGGAUCUGGCGAUAUCUUUCUACAUACAAUCAAGCAAACUGAUUUUCGUGGCUUAUCAGCUCAGUUCAGUUCACGGGACAAUGCGCAUUGACUCUUGUCAAGCUGACUGCGCUGUACCUUGGCUUAGCGAUGUACUCUUUAUGCUAACUGCAGCUCUUCAUAUGUGUCAACAACUAAAGGAUAAGCUGUGCGUCUUCUCUCAGUACAAAGAUUUCACAGUCGGAUCAAGAUCUGCGUCUACAGUAUUUAAUUAAUUACAUAACAUACAUUAUAUAAAUAUUUAUUCAGUUAAAUGCAUUUAUUAGUAUUACGAAAAUAUAAAACAUUUAAUGAGAAUUUUCAAUUUGAUUAUACUGAAUAAAUAAUGAUAUAAUGUUUUAAAAUCAAUAUUACCUAUAGUGAACUAAAAAAAUGUCGAUAAUACCAAAUCCUCUAAGAUUAGAUUCCGAAAGAAAACCAAGCGCGACAAUGACUCAUCAAUGUCUAAAUCUGACGUAUGUCAUACUUUUCGCUAAAUCUUGAUUCUGGACUUUACCAAGUUGUGCUUUCCGAGAGCAAGCAUGAAAGUAUUUUAAAUAAUCUAUCUUCAAUCGGCCUUCUAUCCAUAUAGUGGACCAUCUGUUUCCACCGGUUUCUGUCCAGCGUCUCUCUUAUGACAGUGUAGUCUUGAGGACGAUGAGUCUUUCACUUGAUCGGUCCAUCUGGUUUAGUGAACGGCCACGUGAUCUUUCGCCUUCUCUGUUACCAACCACGAUCAGUUUCUCCAAGUUUUGUCCUCCAAGUGUAUAUGUCGCAGGCCGCAGCCAACUAGCUUAAUCAGCCGUUCAAUUAACAGCCUAGCCGUUUAACU